GUUGAAUCGUUCAAAAGACAUGGUCAAAUUAUUGCUUAAAUCACAGUCACAGUACGCAACUGCUCUAACAAAUUCACCCUACUGGAGGGUACGAAAAUCGACCUCAUAAAGUUGCAUUUUGUGAUUGGAAAACUGUACCCCGCCUUAUUACGAAACUGUUGUCACACGAGAUGGAUAUCAAUUUGCUUCCGACGGAGGUUCUCCAGGAGAUCAUGUCGUACCUCGGACUUGAGACAUUGAAAAAGGCAUCGCUGGUCUGUCACAGGUGGUUCCGGGCUUCCGAAAAGUUCAUCCAUCGUAAAGGGCAACUUAUGAUCAUCGAGUCCGCUGCUAAUCAUCUGAACGUGAUUCGGAAUUUUGUGCGAGAUUAUCAAACUAUAUGCAUCCUACAAAUGAAAGAAUGGUCAAACCUGCAAGCGGUGAUUACCGAGUGUAGUCAAAGGCUUCCGACGGUACGAAAACUAUAUCUAGUUGGCUGUCUACAGGAUUAUCUCUACCGAUUUUAUAAUACCUUUCGGAACUGGGUGGAUCAGUGUGAAUCAUUCCAAGUUUCGUUAGAUGAUCGAUCCACCGAACACUUCAUAAUCGGUCCAGAGGAUUUCAAUAUGACGUUCACAAAUUUGAAAACCCUAAUUUGGGCAGAGUGCUUAUACGGGCAAGGGCAGAAAACGAUGAUCCUAAAUGCGCCAAAUUUGGAAAAUGUCUACAUUAACGACAGCUUGGAUGCAUCUGCCGUGCUUCGGUUUCCAAUCUGUGAUAACAUCAAGUUCAUCAGGUGUGUGUUCUACACGAAGCACUUUGACGAUACAUUUGUUGGAAACGUUUCCAACGUUGAAAAUGUGAUUGUGGAUGCAAUUUAUAGAAACUGUGAUAUAAGUUACCUAGUCAAGAUGCAUAAGCUACGAUAUCUAAGACUGAAACUUGGAAGUGCGUCCAACACCCUUCAUGACAUAGAAGCGAUGCACCAAUGCAAUUGUCUGAGAAUUUUGAGCAUCACAGUUCAGGACUCCAGUUCCGAAAAGGGCUCACUAAAUCUGGAGAAAGUAUUCAAAAAUUUCAUCAAAUUGGAAACACUUGACCUACAAGGGAUUGAGCUCAAAGUAAAUGAUUCGAUUCAAGCGAAACAACUGCAAUUUCUCAAACUCAGAGAUGUCACUUGCUCAAAAAGCGCCGUAUCUCUACAUCUUCCCCGUCUAAAAGUUCUUACGGUUUCUGUGUCCUUUCUGAGCAAAUUGCAGCUCAAUGAAUGCGAUUAUUUCGAAGAACUCUACUUGGAUUUGCUAUCAUACAGCCUGAAGCAAUCAUUUCAAAAUACUGUAAUCCCUUUCUUUCUGAGCCACAAAAAUCUUAAAAAGCUGGCCAUAUUCAGAAGCAUCUAUGAUGCCAAUCGAAUAGAAGAUGACGCCCUGUACGACUGUAGGGACCUUGGAGUGGAACAUAUGGAACUGUACCAUCUUGACAUAAGCAUUGACUUUUUCCGAAUGAUCUCCCAAUGGACAUCGCUGAAACGUCUUACCAUGGUGGCAUGUUCGAUUAACUGCAAAACUGGGCCAAAUAACAAUGUUUUCUUGCCCUACGUACAAGAGAUUACAUUAGACUGCGUCAAAUUGAGGGACGCAGCGAAAAAGAAAUUUCCUCUGAAGUUUGGAGGAGUUUAUAAGCUGCAGUCAUCGUCCAUUGCAUCGUCUUUACUCUACAGUACGAAGCGCCAACAGUUGGACCAUGAUGGACGAUACAAUCCUUUUGCUUGCGACGAAAUUGAUCCGUUACAUUAAUGAUAUAUUAUUAUUAUUGAUAGACAAAGGCAGUAUUUAUAUAUUUGAGAUUUGUAUAUGUGAAACUUCGAUGUACAUAAAUGUGUUUCAAAAAUCCAUGAAUUA